AUAAGACAAUAGAUACGUCACACCCAGACACAUACAUAAAUGCUGAAGAAGAAAAAAAGAGUAACAACUCUUUCUCUUUCUCUAUUUCCUUCCCAUUCUCUUUCCUUUACCUCAAAAAAGACAAAACAAAAUGCAGUUUAUGUUAAACCUUCGUGUUACCCACGGUGUUCCUCUCUGUCUCUCCGGAAUCACCAACCCUCUUGCUCUUUCCAAAGAGAUGGCAGAUCACGAUCGUAGAAGAAAAGCCAUGAGAAAGCAAAGAUCAGUACAUGCAAAUCAAGAUAAGGGUUCUCCAAGGAACAGUGAUUUUGUUGAGAUCAAAGGUGGUGAAUCUGGUGAAGGUUAUGAUCAGGAAGAUCUGGAGGAAAUCUUGUAUCAAUUGUCUCGUAGUUAUUAUCUUACAGGUUUAUCAGCAAAAGCUGCUUAAUUAAAACUACAUUAAUUAAUCUCUUUCAUUUUCUGAACUAUGUUGUUCUUGUUGUUGUUGUAGAUUUUCUUUUACUGUGUUGUUGUUGUAACAUGUAAAAAAAACAUCUUCUGAUUCAGUGUUGUUCCGUUUUGUUAUUUGAUAUAUAUCUUUAAAUUAUUGUGUA